AUGAAGCAACCAUUUAACAAUGAUGAUGAUGACUUAGCGGCAACAGGGCCACCCGAUGACACUACGCCAGCCCCGGUUAAAUCCAGCACCACUCCAGGCCGGGGCAAAUCUAGCACCACUACCACCACUACAACCCCACAACCGGAAGUUGAUGAAAACUUGAAAGCAAUCCUGGCCAACAUGAACCAGCCCAUAGAAGAUAGCGACAAAAGUCUUAAGGAGGCGGCGCCAGAGGGCACUACCACCGAGACACUGGACACCACCUCACCCGCGGCUGACCACGAUACAACGCCGGAAGUGGAUGAAAAUUUAAAAGCAAUUUUGGCCAACAUGAACCAACCCAUAGAUGAAGCUGAUAAAUCUCUUAAGGCGGCGCUAGAGGGCACUACCGCUGAGCCGGCUGAAAGUACAACCGCACCUGCUGAAGAAGAUAGCAAACUAAAAGACGCGGCACCGGACCAAACAGGCGCCCCACCAAUGGCUGGCGCGUCGACACCGGCCGACGGGACACACCCGGCAGAGGCGGGUGGGGCGACCACACCGGCAUCUACUAAAGCUAAAACAAAGCCUGGUGCUAAACAUGAUGCAAAACAUGGUGCAAAGCAUGGUGAAAAGCAUGAGACACAUCACCAUCACGGCCACCAUCAUGGCCACCAUCAUGGUGACCAUCACGGUCACCCUCACCAUCCCCAUAAGCCAAGCAAGCCCAUCACAAUGGUAAUGAUCAAACAGACGGUGCCGUCGCCGCUAUCACCCCUACUCAGUGGUGGCAAUAAACAGGUUGUGAUAGCGGUGGGCACCGGUGCGGCGCCGGGCAAAGCAGCAUCCAAACAGCCGAGCAAACUAGUAGUGAUCACACCGGGCAAAGUGCUUGUAGUACAAGGAUUCAAAGCGCCGACAAAACCCGGGGUCAAACCUGGUAAGGCCGACGUAGACAAACCACUUAAGGCCGCCCCCGAAGAUGACAAACCCCUUAAGGCCGACGCCGGCGAAGACAAACCCCUUAAGGCCGACGCCGGCGAAGACAAACCCCUUAAGGCCGACGCCGGCGAAGACAAACCACUUAAGGCCGCAGCCGAUGAGGACAAACCGGUUAAGUCCGCCGCCGCCGACUCAGACGAUGUUAAGUUAAAGUCAGCUCAGGAUGAGGCCCAAACACCCGCUCCGGACGCUGCAGCCCCGGCACAGGUGGGCGAACCGGUAGCUACAGAAGCGACAGCACCGGCAGCGGCAGAAGGGGAAGCAACACCGGCAGCGACUGGCGAAACUGGCGCGACCCCUGAGCCACCACCCGCUGAUUCUACUCAAACGACAGGUGAACCCACACCGGCUGGAGAGCCCGGAGCGGCCACAGCGGCACCGGUAGGUUCCGCAUCGGUGGCUGUAGCGGCACCGGGCGGUACGUUAGCCGCGACGGGUAAGGGUGGCGCCGGCGUUGUGGCUGGUAUUGGCGCAGGCGGUGUAGUGGCGGCAGUGGUGUCCAGUAGUGGUGGCAAAACGCAGGCCCAGAUCAAUGAGGAACGGUUCCGAAAGGCCCAGCAGUUGUACCAAACGCUGGCCCACAAUACGCGCAAAUUGAUGAAUAUGACGGCUGAGGCGACCAGGAACAUGCUUAAUGGCACGAUGCGUUAUGGUAAAAUAAUUGGCAACGAGACCAAGCGCCAUUACGAUAUGAGGGACAAGUACUCGGCCGACUGGCGCAACGCUACCCAUAAGAUAAUUAAUGGCACGAUAAGGUUUAUACAGGCGUUGCACAAUGGCACCAAGAUCAUAUUUAAGGAAUCGCAAAAACAUUUGGGCCAACUCGGGAACGAAACAAAACAGAUGUACGACAAACGGGGCGAAUACGCGGCCCAAGUGGCCAAUCAGACCAACCAAAUGACGGCCAAACUCACGAAAGAGAGCAAAGAGUUUUACGCCAAUCAGGCGCAGGUGGCGGCGCGUGCGCGGGCGGCCACCGCCAAGUUCAACGAGGCCAACAUCGAUCAGGCGGCGCGCAUAGCGGCGGCCACCAAGGUGGCGUACGAUCAUCGCGAAAACAUCAAGGGCAAAAUCAAACAAGAUAUAAAAAACGCGCCUGGCCAAUUAAGAGAGGAGUUGGCUAAAGCGCCGGGUCAAAUUCGAGACUCGACGGGCCGGUUAGUCACCGGCACUGUACACGUGGUGGGCGCCGGUAUUCAGGGCGCGCGGGCCAACACUGGCAAGUUGGUGGCCGGCACUAAACAGGUGGUGGGCGCCGGUAUUCAAGGCGCGCGCGACCACACCGGCAAGUUGGUGGCCGGCACUAAACAGGUGGUGAACACCGGUAUUCAAGGGGCCAGAAAAACGGUACAACAGAUUAAACAACAGCCAGUGGUGGUGGCCAUUGCCAAUCGCAAGGGUGUGGCGGCCGCUAUUUUGACAUCGGGUGGCGGUAAAAGUGGGCCAGAUGCACCGGCCGCGCCUGACGCACCUGGUGUGCCGGCCGCGCCAGGUCAAGCUGAUGGUGCGCCUGGUGGUGAUAGUCAGCAUGCUGAUGUGAAUUUAAAAGUGGCCGAGUCUGAGUCUGUAACAACAACAACGACCGAGGCCGAAACAGAGACUACUGUUUCAUCUAGUGAUGAGACUACGACUACGGCUGAUAGUUAA